CCAACAAUACUAAAUUUAGUAGAUACUACUGAAGUACAUAACCUAUACAGGCUUUAGUUUAGUAGGCCUAAUUGUUUUCAAAGAAAUAAUCUUACGUGACUUUUUAUUUUACAUUACAGUUGUAAUUUAAAAAAUGCGAUUAACUAGGUCUUUAUUAGUCAGGUUUUCCGAUUUAGGUGAAUUAACUAAAAAGUAUGGUAAUUUUCCAGAAACAUAUAUUAAACGGCGAAUGGAAGUUAUUGAGUACAAAACUCCACGUGGAUUUCCUCAGUACAGAGCCAAAACAUUGAAGAGAAUGGAUUAUUAUUUCGGUGAAGCGCGGCCCUGGACAGAAGAAUUCAGAUUAGAAAAUGAAAUAGGUAGAACACACAAAAAACUUUGGGUUGAGCCCAUCAAAGAUUGGACAAUAUUUAAGGGUGAUGUGGUCGAAAUACUUGUCGGCAAAGACAAAGGGAAACAGGGAACAGUGGUUCAAGUGAUACAGGAACGCAACUGGGUGUUCGUAGGAACUCUGAACUGUAAAGUGGAGGAGGUAGGAAAGACCAAGGACAAUCCCGGGUGGUUCAUGCAAAGAGAGAAGCCUCUGCUGGUCACGACUGAAGUUGCAUUGGUGGAUCCCAAUGAUUUGAAACCAGUGAAGGUGGAAUGGAGGUAUACAGAAGAAGGUGAGAGGGUGAGAGUCUCGAUGCGCUCUGGCCGUAUCAUUCCGAUGCCAGUUGAGUCCCAGGAGACGAUUGACUACAAAGAGAAACAUCUUUAUAUAGAAUCACCAAAGGACACAAAAUCAGCAGAUGUGAAUGAAGUGACUUUUAGCCCAGCUCUGGAAACAUUUGAAAUGGCAAUCGCUAAACAGGAAGGUAUAAAAGAUGAGAGAAUUCCAGCUCAGACGUUCUGGUACUAGUCCACAUGUGUAGCUUUCUCUGAUGUUCAACUUGUCGUCUGUAUUUUAUUGUUAUUGGAUAUUAUAGUUUUUCAUUGUUCA